GUUCACCUUUGAUCUGUUUCAGCAGUGUUGAAAUGUUGACAAGAAAAGUGCCGUAAAAUAAGCAAAUAUGUAUAGUAUCUCAAGCUCACAUGUGCAUUAUUAGUAGGAAAUAUACGUAGAGAUUGAGCAAGUGUUAAAUUUAAUAAAUUUGAGAAGGGGAGAAAAUACUGUAUGUUCGCUGCUUGCCACUGAAUAUCGCUAGGCGGCGUUUUUUGUAUUUAUCUUGCAAGGAGCACGGAGUUCAGCUUUAAAAACAACACGGGCGUAUGAACUGGAGUUAUUUUGACAAAAGCAUCUCUUUCUCCCGUAGAGGUUUCAUUUCACCAAAAGCCCAGCCAACCUGACAGUGACCCAGGGCAACAUGGCCCGCCUUGGCUGCGCCGUAGAGGGGCUGAACGAGCCAGAUAUUGUGUGGAUGAAGGAUGGGGAGAAGCUGUACAGCACUGACCAGAUGUACAUCACUCUAGAGCAAAACCACUGGGAGACCUUCCACAGUGUCAAAUCGGUCCAGCAGCAAGAUGCAGGGAAGUACUGGUGUGAGGCAGAGUCACGAGGCAUCACCAUCUCCUCUGACCCUGCAUGGAUCACAGUGGAAGGUGUCCCUCACUUUGUGGUAGAGCCCCAGGAUGUGGCCAUCUUCCCUGGGAUGCCCUUUAACCUCAGCUGUGCUGCCGUUGGCCCCCCUGAGCCGGUGGAGGUGGUGUGGUGGUUGGGUGGAGUACAGGAAGGAGAUGCCGCGCCCUCUCCUUCUGUCAUCUCUGUCCCUGGUGUCACUGGCAGUAUGAAGUUCUACUGCGAGGCCAAGAAUGCGAGGGGCAUCUCUGUGUCUCGCACUGGCACCGUGCACAUCAAAGUUCUUCCAGAAGCUCCCAGCACAGUACAGGUGAUGCAGGUACGAGAAAACAACGUCACCCUGGCCUGGACCCCUGGAUUCACAGGACACUCCACCUUGCAGGCCUGCACCAUCCAGAUGCUGGAGAAUUCCAGGAAAAGGGUUGAGCUUCCUGAGCGCCAUGUGAUGGUGCCACCAUUCCAGCAUAUCAUUGGUGGGCUGAAGUGCUACUCAAACUAUAGUGUGCGAAUUUGCUGCAACAAUGAAGUGGGACCCUCCCCUUUUUCCAGCUGGGUUGACUUCCAGACCCCUGAAGCAGUGCCCUCAGCCGCUCCACGGAACCUCACCUUUGAGCUGACAGAGCAGCAACUGUCCCUGAGCUGGGCCCCCGUGGAGGAGAGCGAGCUGCAAGGAAGGCUGCAGGCCUACAAGGUGCAGUGGAACCUGGGAGGAGAGAGCCAGGAGGCGCUGCUCUUCAAGGAAAACAUGGCUCACCUGUCGGGUGGAGGUCGCUUCUUCAACGCCACCUUCCAGGUGUCGGCAUGCACAGUGGCAGGCUGCGGGCCCUGGAGCCAGCCCAUCCUGGUGAUGCCAGCUACAGCCAUGCCACCUCACAGCCAAAGGGGCCAUGUGUGGGUGGGGCUAUUGUUGGGGCUGCUGGUGGCCACCAUGGUGGGCCUCCUCCUGACUGUCCUGGUGCACCGCAGGGGGAAGGAGACCCAGUUCGGGUCUGCAUUUGAGCCAUCAGGGGCUGAAACAAUGGUCUCCUUCACAGCAGCCAGGUCCUUCAACAGACAGGGCCCAGAUCUCCCAGCAUCCACUUUGGACAGCCUGGGCAUCAGUGAUGAGUUGAGGACAAAGCUGCAGGAUGUCCUGAUCUCAGAGAAGCUGCUGACUCUGGGACACAUGCUGGGCAAAGGUGAAUUUGGUUCUGUGCGGGAGGCGUUCCUGAAGAUGGAGGACAACUCUGUGCAGAAGGUGGCAGUGAAGGUCCUCAAAACUGAUAUCAACACCUCAGGUGAUAUUGAGCAGUGUCUGAAGGAGGCAGCCUACAUGAAGGACUUCCACCACCCCAAUGUCAUUCAGCUCAUUGGGGUGAGCUUGCAUCGCCGGCCCCAGCAGCGCCUGCCUGUUCCCAUGGUGAUUCUGCCCUUCAUGAAGCACGGGGAUCUGCACACCUUUCUGCUGAUGUCACGACUGGGAGAGGAGCCCUUUGUGCUGUCCCUGCAGAUUUUGGUUCAGUUCAUGUUAGACAUCGCCAGAGGGAUGGAGUAUUUGAGCAGCAGGAACAUCAUCCACCGAGACCUGGCAGCACGUAACUGCAUGCUAAAUGAGAAUAUGACAGUGUGUGUGGCAGACUUUGGCUUAUCAAAGAAGAUCUACAGUGGGGAUUACUACCGCCAGGGCUCCGUCUCCAAGCUACCUGUCAAGUGGAUUGCCCUGGAGAGCCUGGCUGACAAUGUCUACACCACCCAGAGUGACGUGUGGGCAUUUGGGGUGACCAUAUGGGAGAUCAUGACACGUGGGCAGACCCCCUACCCUGGAGUGGAGAACUCUGAGAUCUAUGAGUACCUCAUCAAGGGGGAGCGCCUGAAACAGCCGCUGGACUGCAGGGAUGAUAUCUAUGAGAUCAUGCACAGCUGCUGGAGCCCUGUGCCCAAGUGUCGCCCCAGCUUCCAGCAGCUGAUAGACCAAUUGGAAGGGGUGUGGACGGGGCUGUCCCCAGGGCCUAGUAAGGAGCCACUGCUGUAUGUGAAUCUGGAGGCGGAGGGCAGUGAGGCAGGGUCCGGGCUGGGCGUGGGCCCGCUGAGCCCAGAGGAGCAGGGUUGGGCAGUGCCAUGGCAAUGCAUGGGCAUGGAGGAGGAUGAGAAGGACUGGCUUAUGGUCUCCUCGGGGGCUGCCAUGGCCAUCGGUGGGGACUACCGCUACAUCAUGGACCCCCGGGGAGCUGAGGAGGACAGCGAGCAAAUUGGGAGUGGAUGGAACCUGAGGGAAGAUGCCAGGGAAGACGAGGAGGACGUGGUCAUUAAUGUGUGAUGCCACACCCUCACCACUGGUCAGCUACACAGACAGAGAGACAGACAAAAAGUGGGUGGGUGGGGGUUGGGGCUGAAUGCACUGCUACCCCCCACUCCCUCCUCCCACCCCCCAGUUUGCAGGCAUAAAGGAGAAUACACAUUGGACGGAGAGUGGAUUCUUUGGGGGACCUGAACCAGUCUGCCUGCAACACCUUCAUCUUCAGCAAUGUCUGUCUUUGGAGGGGUUCCGGUGAUUUCAACAACAGACACAAUCAGUUGCACUAAUACAUUAACAGUGUGGAGUGGGACAGCCUAUGCGUGGCCUAGUAGGGCUGCUAGCUGCUCUAGGUUUCAUCACAAGGAAAAGUGCUCGAAGUGGGACGGUACUACAUUUUACUCUUUGACGUAUCGUGACUUUUUUUUUUUGCGUACUGGCACUUCUCACAAGCUGCCGGUACUCUUUUCUGCCCUCUCCAUAUGAGAUUCUGGGCGAUUCAUAAUGAUCCUAUAUAAACUGCAUUACCCAGGGGGAACUACGUGACGCUCACCUGUUCUCUCGACAAGUCUAACGUUAAUGCUAAGCAGUGGCGGCUGGUGAGCUGGAAAC